AUGAUGGGCGGCUUCGUCUCUAGGAUCCUCCUGCUGGUUUUCGGCUAUGCGUAUCCUGCAUACGAGUGCUACAAGAUUGUUGAACUGAACAAACCUGAGAUCGAGCAACUCAUGUUCUGGUGUCAGUACUCGAUUUUAGUUGCCCUUAUGACGGUUAUGGAGAGGUUUGGAGAUUUAACAAUAUCAUGGCUACCAUUUUACUCAGAGGCAAAGGUCCUGUUCUUUAUAUACUUGUGGUACCCCAGGACAAAGGGGGCUACCUACAUUUAUGGGACUUUCUUUAAGCCAUACAUUUCACAGCAUGAGAAUGAAAUUGACCGUAAUUUUCUUGAGUUGAGAGCUCAUGCCAGCGAUGUUGUUGUCGUUUAUGUCCAGAAGGUUACUGCUAUUGGACAGAAUACCUUCUUUGAUGUUUUGAAGUAUGUUGCGUCACAAUCACCAUCCCAGAAAUCAAAGCAACAACGUUCUCAGGUGCGAAUCAUGUGUACUGUAUUAUGUUUCUUUUAG